AUGGCUCCUUCAUCUCUUCUAGCCUCGUCCUCCUCUUCUACCACCCGCAGUCUGCAUGCCACGGCCCAGCGACGGACCCCCGCGGCCUCCACCGCUAGUGAAUAUCCUACCGAUCACAGCCCCGUUGCAAACCCCAUCGAUACUACCAACUUUCUCGACAAUGAGUUCGUCUCAUCUAAAGCUACUACAUGGAUCGAUUUGCACGACCCAGCCACCAACAAUCUCAUCACUCGCGUGCCCCAGAGUACCCAUGAGGAGCUGAAGGCCGCCGUUGAGUCCGCCCAAAAGGCCUUUCCGGCCUGGCGCGCCACCAGUGUUAUUGCCAAACAGCAGAUCAUGUUCAAGUUCGUUAGCCUGAUUCGGGCCAACUGGGACCGCCUGGCUGCCUCUAUCACCCUCGAGCAAGGUAAGACCUUUGCCGAUGCCAAGGGCGACGUUCUCCGUGGUCUUCAGGUUGCUGAAACCGCCUGUGGCAUCACUACUCAAUUGACGGGCGAGGUACUCGAAGUCGCCAAGGAUAUGGAGACUCGAAGCUACCGUGAGCCUCUGGGUGUCGUGGCCGCCAUCUGCCCCUUCAACUUCCCCGCAAUGAUUCCCCUCUGGUCCAUCCCUGUCGCCACCAUAACCGGCAAUUGCCUGAUUCUCAAGCCCUCCGAGCGUGACCCCGGCGCAGCCAUGAUUCUGGCUGAGCUGGCUCGGGAAGCUGGCUUCCCGCCCGGCGUCGUCAACAUCAUCCACGGCUCCGCCAAGACCGUUGAUUUCAUCCUGGAUGAACCCUCCAUCAAAGCUAUCAGCUUCGUUGGCAGUAACCGGGCGGGAGAGUACAUCUACACCCGGGGGUCUGCUAACGGCAAGCGUGUGCAGGCCAACCUUGGUGCGAAGAACCACGCCGCUGUGUUGCCGGACUGCAACAAGAACCAGUCCCUCAACGCUAUUGUUGGUGCAGCCUUUGGUGCCGCUGGCCAGCGAUGCAUGGCUUUGAGUACUGUGGUUAUGGUCGGAGAAACCCAGGACUGGCUGCCAGAGAUUGCUGAGCGGGCCAAGGCUUUGAAUGUCAAUGGUGGUUUCGAGGAGGGAGCUGAUCUUGGCCCCGUCAUUAGCCCUCAGAGCAAGAAACGGAUUGAGGAUUUGAUUGCCAGUGCUGAAGAAGAGGGUGCCACUAUCCUUCUGGAUGGUCGCGGCUACAAGCCCGAGAAAUACCCGAACGGCAACUUUGUUGGUCCCACCAUCAUCACCAAUGUGACCCCCCAAAUGAAGUGCUAUACCGAGGAGAUCUUCGGCCCUGUCCUGAUCUGCUUAUCGGUGCCCACGCUCGACGAUGCUAUCGAGCUCAUUAACAAGAAUCCAUACGGGAACGGCGCCGCUGUCUUCACCCGCUCCGGAUCUACUGCCUCGCGCUUCCAGAAGGACAUUGAGGCCGGCCAGGUCGGCAUCAACGUGCCCAUCCCUGUCCCGUUGCCCAUGUUCUCUUUCACCGGUAACAAGAAGAGUAUUGCGGGUGGUGGUGCGAACACGUUCUACGGCAAGCCUGGUCUGCAGUUCUACACUCAGCAGAAGACCGUGACUAGCUUGUGGCGUAGUGAGGACGCAAUCAGCACCAAGGCUAAUGUCGUGAUGCCUACACACCACUAG